CUCACACUAUCUUACUCAUUCCAACUUAACUUCAUUUCUUGUUUUUUCAUUCAAUACUAUACUACCCUUUAAAAUCUCAUCUUUUUGUUCAAAUAUGGCCAAUUUUAAGGCUCUUCCUCUCCUUCUUUUGGCUCUCAUUGCCUUUUCCAUGCUUGCUACUGUGGCCUUGGCCAACAAUCCUUAUGGACCCGGAAGUUUGACGAUUAACCAAUGCAGUCCACAAUGUACAAGGAGGUGCUCGAACACUCAAUACCGCAAACCAUGCUUGUUUUUCUGCAACAAAUGCUGCAGGAAGUGCCUUUGUGUUCCACCAGGCUUCUAUGGCAACAAGCAAGUUUGCCCUUGCUACAACAACUGGAAGACCCAACAGGGUGGCCCCAAGUGCCCUUAAUUUCUUUUACGAGAACUACUUACUUCCUCCGUCCCAAAUUAAAUCGUUACAUGUAGUAUGAGUCGUGUAACGACAACAAAACAACAACAACAACGUAUGUACUAAAUUGGGACAGAGGGGUUCUACUACUUAAUUCUUGAGGCUAAUUAUUAAUAUCUCAUUAGUACCAAAUAUAUGUAAUUUUCUUAAUUAUUUAUGUUGGUGUACGUUAUUAUUAUACCUAAGUUUUUUAUAUAAUAAAAUAUAUGUAACGAUCCAUUGGGGGUGAUGGGUUAUGUAUCCCUCCAAUUGAGAGCGUAAAAUGGCUGAUAAUUUUGGCCAUUUAUCUGUUAGACACACUUACUAAAAUGUUGUCUAACAUUAUUAUUAAUUUAUUGAAUGAAAAAGUUAAAGAAUAUUUUCAGCUUUUUACUCA